AUGGAAGAGAAAAAUCGAACAUUUAAGGUGCUGUUUCCGCACGAAUUUCCGGCCGUCUCCAACACUUGCUCCAACUUUCCGCAUCUGCGCAGCUCGCCGCGUUGCCCGUAUCCGGGCCUGAUUGUGGAGGUGGGUUGUUCGUCUGGAAAAGGGCAGUCUUUUUUUUUUUUUUUUUUAUUGUAGGGGGAGCAAAUGCACUUUUAUGAAAAUGCUAAUAUCAGUUUGAUGGGAAAGUAAUGAGCACUCUGUCACAUCAAAAAUCGCGUCGAUUAUUUUUCGUACAGUGCGGCGAUCAAAACAAGAUUUUGCGUGACGCUGCACUGUGCAUUAAAACUUUUUCAAAAUUUGGAAUGCACAGUGCAAAAAGAAAUUUUUUAUCGUGCAAAGUGAACGGUGCGGAAAGUUCCUUAUUCUGGCCACAAAAGGGUACUCCGCGAACUGCGCCCAAGCUUGGGCACUAAAGUUAGGAAAAAACGCUUUGAUAUAAGUUACAAUGAAUUGCUAUAACAGCUCUAAAGUUUUAAGGGUACCUACGAAGGCUAUGACGACUCAUUUAGUCCUAUACGGAGGCAAUAAGUUUAGUUCAGGACAUGUUUCAUCGUAUAAAAUGUAAAAUCGCAGGCUGCAGCCGUUUUCGAAGGGUGGAACGUAAAAAAAGAAGGUACCUCACUAACUAAAUCCACUGUCCGGGCAUUGACAACGAUGAAUUGAGCGUGCACGCUAAAUUUGGGCUAAUUCUGACCAGUUUCCGCAAAGUUAUAAGUUGUGGCCAGAAUAGGGAACUUUUACCCACGGUGCUUGGAAAUACGACAUUUUCGACUUUUUCAGCCAUUUUUUUGUUCGAAAUCGCUAAUAAUCGGUCGUAACAGUUUGCCGGGAAAAUAAUGAGCACUCCGUCGCAUGGAAAAUCGCAUUUCCGCCGAGAAAAUAAAUUGUGUCGCGACAAAAGCAAAUUUCUUUUUAUUACUUCAGCGACGCGAUUGGCAAUGCGCCAUAGUGCUCAUUACUUCCCCGACGGACUGAUAACCGCUUACCGGUCCGUUCGCAAAGCCGCUGGAGUGAUUUGUUUUGCGUUGCACCGCGCAAUAUCUUGUUUUUUGCACCGUGAAACCCCCGACUUUAUAAGUCCAUCGGGAAAAUAUUCGCGCCAUUGCCCAUCAUCGGCUUUGCAACGGCAAACUGGGGGUUUGGUGCGCGGCUGCGAUUAGUACAUUUUUUGAUACUUCUCGGAUGCAAAAUGGUACGUUUUUUGCCACUGGAUCAGGUCCGCCACUGUUAGUAUCUCACUGGCGCCAAUCCCCACAUCAAAUACUUCUUUUGUUCGUACUAGUAAAGACACGGUAACGGACCUGAUCCAGUGGCAAAAAACUGUGCUAUUUUGCAUCCGGGAAGCAUCAAAAAAUGUGGCAAAAUGUCUCCCUCUCCAACUAGAAAACUCUUUUUUGAAGGUCCUCUACAAAAGUACGGGCGCACUUUUGAAAUCGGAUUUUUUUCACUUGGAGAGGGAGGUAUUUUGCCACAUUUUUUGAUACUUCCCGGAUGCAAAAUGGUACGUUUUUGCCGCCGGAUCAGGUCCGUCACUGUAGUAAAUACUAGUCGCGGAAAAAAGUCCUGGGAUUUUCUCGCGCCCCCCAAACUCCAUCGCACUCCGAAAAGUUGAUUUGUCGCGGGAAACGCGCGCGACAAUAAGCCAAAAUCAACAAAAUUGCACUGUGCAAAUGCACUUUUCGGGUUCAUGCACAGUGCAGAGUCGAAAUCCCAGGACUUUUUUCCGCGACUAGUAUGAUUACCGCCGCUCCUUUAGAUCCUCAUCGCCAUCGCCGACAGCAUCAACGUGCCAAUCGAGGAGGUUUUGGUGGAAGAUGACGUGAAUCAGGAUGGGAAUUUGGUCCUGGGGACUGUGGUAAGUUCGCUGUCGCCUCAAUUUUAUAAUACAUACAUCGACAGGACGGAAACAACGUGUCGGGUCUGUUGCGCUACGUGCAUGAAGGGAUUGUGGAUACGAUCGCGUAUCCGAUUCAGAAGACGAUCGUGCGCAGCCAGUACAUGGACUUCUCGGAGGCCCUGUACCAGGUGUGGUUGGAAAAUAUUUAUGCGAUAAUAUAUAUUUAUAUUAUACCAAGCUGUCGAGUGUUUUUUUCUGUACAGCUUUUUGAAUAUAAGUUUCUGAAUCUUCACAUAACAUCUAAAUAUACAUACAUAUCAUUGCAGUCCGAGCUCAACAUUCUUCGCCGUCGCGUCGACAUAUCCGAAGAGAGUCUGUGGUCGUUCUUCACGAUCUACGACAAGCCCAGCUAUGUUGUGAUGGCCGUCAUUCUUUCGCUGCAAGCCUUGUUCUAUUUGAUUAACGAAUUUUGCGCCGAGGAGUUGCAGAGGAUCGGGUUCCGACAUAUCCGGGCGAUGAGGAGGCAUUCUGAGGUAUGUGGAGAGGGCAAAAAGUAAUGGAAAUUUUCUCGGUGUGAUAUUGAGUUGAGCCCGAACUUUCCCCUUUUUUUGAACAUCCCCCCAAUCCGAACUCUCCCCCUAUUCUCAACUCUCUCCCAAUUCGAACUCUCCCCUUUUUGAACACUCCCCUUCAUUUUUUAAAUUGAGAAAAAUUAGGUGUGACAUGUUAUACCAUUAAAAAUUUUUUAAAAAUUCAUAGAAUGAGGCGUGACAUGUUAUACGAUUGAAAAAUUAUUUGAAAUUGAGAAAAAUUAGACGUGACAUGUUAUACGAUGAAAAAUUUUUUCAACUUGAGAAAAAUGAGGUGUGACAUGUUAUACGAUGAAAAAUUUUUCAAAUUGAGAAAAAUUAGGCGUGACAUGUUAUACGAUUAAAAAUUCAUAAAAUGAGGCGUGACAUGUUAUACGAUUAAAAAAUUAUUUGAAAUUGAGAAAAAUUAGAUGUGACAUGUUAUACGAUCGAAAAAUUAGGCGUGACAUGUUAUACGAUUGAAAAAUUUUUUCAAAUUGAGAAAAAUUAGAUGUGGCAUGUUAUACGAUGAAAUUUUUUUUAAAGUAAGAAAAAUUAGGUGUGACAUGUUAUACGAUGAAAAAAUUUUUCAAAUUGAGAAAAAUUAGGUGUAACAUGUUAUACGAUGAAAUUUUUUUUAAAGUGAGAAAAAUUAGGUGUGACAUGUUAUACGAUGAAAAAAUUUUUCAAAUUGAGAAAAAUUAGGUGUGACAUGUUAUACGAUGAAAAAAUUUUUUAAAUUGAGGAAGAUUAGGUGUGACAUGGUAUACGAUGAAAAAAUUUUUUUUAAUUGAGAAAAAUUAGAUGUGACAUGUUAUACGAUCGAAGUUUUUUUUCAAAUUGAGAAAAAUUAGGUGUGACAUGUUAUACGAUGAAAUUUUUUUUAAAGUGAGAAAAAUUAGGUGUGACAUGUUAUACGAUGAAAAAAUUUUUCAAAUUGAGAAAAAUUAGGUGUGACAUGUUAUACGAUGAAAAAAUUUUUUAAAUUGAGGAAGAUUAGGUGUGACAUGGUAUACGAUGAAAAAAUUUUUUUUAAUUGAGAAAAAUUAGAUGUGACAUGUUAUACGAUCGAAGUUUUUUUUCAAAUUGAGAAAAAUUAGGUGUGACAUGUUAUACGAUGAAAAUUUUUUUUUAAUUGAGAAAAAUUAGGUGUGACAUGUUAUACGACUGAAAAUCUUAGUUCGUACUAGCCGUUCCAGAAAGUACGUAGACUUUGUUUGAGUUCAUUUUUUUGGUCGUUUUUUCGGCUCUUUGGCGUGUGUGAAAAUCGUCAGAAAAAUGACUUUUUUGCGAAUUUUGUCGUGAGAAGUUUUACGCUUGUUGCAGCCGUAGAGAAUACCGUUUCCACAAAUAAAAUGCGAUCAUUUCGUACGUUCCUGGCCGCAAAGAUGGUUGAAUAUCUUGACCGCCGCUGACAGGGAUGAGCUUAAACGUUCAGCAAUUUAUAAAGUACUUUCCUUGUGAGAUGAAUUUCAGUCGCUCUGGAACGCCGUAAAAUUGCAACUGGGGAUGCCAAUCGAAGUGUCAUGGCGCAGUUACGGAGGUAACCCCCGAUUCCCCUCGAAAAAUCUCGUUUUCAGCCAAAUUCAACAUGGUUUUCGUCUCCAUCUUCCAAGGCGUCAUAUUGAUGGGCGUUUAUAGUAGUUGGAUAUUGACGCAAAAGUACGCCAACGACAUCGUCAACGACUUGCAGACCAACAACGAUCUGAUUCGACAGGUCGCGGCGGGAAGGAGGUAUUUCGCGGAUGCGACCGGGAAUCAUUGGUUUUUUGAGGCCAUAAAUCACAGUACAAUGUUCCCAUAUGCCGACUUGCGAUUGGCGAUGAGGAGUGAGUGGGAUUUUGGCGGGUUUUAGAGGGAUUUUUGAGUGUUUUCAGAAUGAUUUUUUGUCGGAAAAUUUUUGAAAAAAGAUAAUUUUAGCCCUAAAAUAUCAGAUUCUGCCCAAUUUUUUCGUGGAAAAAUGGCCGAUUUUUUGUCGGAAAAAUUUUGAAAAACGAUAAUUUUUGCCCUAAAAUAUCACAUUCUAAUCGAUUUUUUCAUUGAAAAAUUCUAAAAUUCGAUUAUUUUCCGACAGAUUUUUUCAGUGAAAAAUUUAGAAAAAAGAUAAUUUUAGGGCUAAAGUAUCACUUUCUAAUAGAUUUUUUUUCGAUGAAAAAUUUCUAAAAUUUUAUUUUUUCAGAAUGAUUUUUUGUCGGAAAAAUUUUGAAAAAAGAUAAUUUUAGCCCUAAAAUAUCACAUUCUAAUCGAUUUUUCAUUGAAAAAUUCUAAAAUUCGAUUAUUUUCCGACAGAUUUUUUGUCGCAAAAAUUUUUAAAAACAAUAAUUUUUGCCCUAAAAUAUCAGAUUCUGACCAUUUUUUUUUGAAAAAUUCGAAAAUUCCAUUUUUUCAGACCGAUUUUUUAUCAGAAAAAUUUAGAAAAAAGAUGAUUUUAGCAGGAAUUACCACUUUCUGACCAAUUUUUUUCUUUGAAAAGUUCUAAAAUUCCAUUUUUUCCGACAGAUUUUUAUCAGAAAAAUUUUGAAAAAUGAUAAUUUUAGCCCUAAAAUAUCAGAUAAUUUAGAAAAAGAUAAUUUUGUCUCGAAAUACCACUUUUUGACCGAUUUUUCUUUGGAAAUGCCCAACAUUCGAUUUUUUCUGACCAAUUUUUUGUCGGAAAAUUUGAAAAAAAAAAUAUUUUCUCUCAAAAUUCCCUUUUAAAAGCGAUUUUCAGCACUUUCUCGAGGCUAUAUACAAUUUUUACACCGAUUGUUUAUCAGAAAAACUGCAAAAGCUUGCUUUCAGAGACCCCAAUGGAGAUUACUGGAAGCAGUAAGAAUGCACUGGAUCUGGCGUCGCACGGCUCCGCAUUGGUCGCGAUUAUGGAUGACGAGUUGGUGAGCCUCAGGGCGAAGAAGUAUUGCAAGUAAGAGCUGUAACUUUUACCCCGAAUUAAGAGUUUGUCGGGGAAAAACGAGCACUUUGUAGUAGCGAAAAUCGCGCACAGUGCGGCGAUCGAAGCAAAAUUUUUCUUUUUACGGUCAAUGAAAUCGCUAAAUAAUCGGUGAUAUCAGUCCGUCGGGAAAAUAAUGAGCACUCUGUCGCAACGAAAAUCGCAUCGCCUCCAGGAACAUGAAAUUUGACGCGACAAAAUCAAACUCCUUUUCACUUCGCGAUCGACCCCGCAACAUUAUGCUCAUUAUUUUCCCAGCAGACUGAUACAGUGAAUUUGCCAACCGGAUCCAUUGGCAAAAAACGUAUAAUUUUGCAUCCGGGAAGUAUCAAAAAUGUGGCAAAAUGCCUCCCUCUCCAACUAAAAAAACCCCAUUUUAACGGGCUCUCUCAUAAAAAGAGCGGGCGCGCUUUUGAAAUCGGAGUCUUUUUUUAUUGUAAUGGGAGGUAUCUUGCCACAUUUUUUGAUGCUUCCCGGAUCCAAAAUGGCGUGUUUUUUGCCACUGGAUCAAGUCCCUUGAUCUUUUAUUGUACAGUGAGGGAUCUGAUCCAUUGGCAAUGAACGGGUAAUUUUGCCUCCGGGAAGUAUCAAAAAUGUGGCAGAAUACCUCCCAUUAUGAUAAAAAAGACUCCGUUUUGAAAAUUUCCCUCAUAAAAAGAGCGGGCGCGCUUUUGAAAUCGGAGCUUUUUUCACUUGGAGAGGGAGGUAUUUUGCCACAUUUUUGAUACUUCCCGGAUCUAUAAUGGUGCUUUUUUUGCCACUGUAAUUGCGUCGCAUCAAGAUCAAAUUUAAGUAUCAAAAAUGCAGCAAAAUACAGGGUGGGCCACUAAAACCUUCCGUCCUCUUAUAUUUGCAAAAUACUGUUGUAAAAACUAAUUUAUUUAACAAGAAAGUAUCAAAAAUGCAGCAAAAUACUUCCUUCUCCAAGUGAAAAAACUCCGAUUUCAAAAGCGGGCGCGCUCUUUUUAUGAGGGAAAUUUUCAAAACGGAGUCUUUUUUUGUUGUAAUGGGAGGUAUCUUGCCAUAUUUUUUGAUGCUUCCCGGAUCCAUAAUGGCACAUUUUUUGCCACUGGAUCAGGUCCACCACUGCUAGCAUAAUAUUUGCAAAACUCUUUCAGCCUCAUCCCCAUGGACCAUCCCAUGGCGGUGGUGACGGCGCACCUCGUCUUCGCCAAGAACAACUCUCUGCUGCCGCUGAUCGACGAAGCCAUUCGAAUCAAUCAGCUGCAGUUCCAGCGGAUCGUCCGCCGGUACCUCGACUACGGCUAUCGGGUCCACAAAAGCUGUGUGAGCGAUGGGAUGCACACGAAGGCGCCGUAUUUCGGGUUGUGUCUGGUGUGGUUGGCCUUAGUGGCGUGCGCAUUCGGCCUGUUUCUCGCCGAAUUGUCGACGUACUGGCUGUGCAUGAAGGUGCAAUUGUUGCGGAAUACCAAAUAA